AGUGCCGCUCCCACGUUGCCUGUUCGCGCGAGAGUUUGCAGGGGCGGGUUUAGGGUCGCUGUGUGGUGGGGGCUCGCCCGGCCACACAACCCGAGCCCCGCUUAGGCGCCCAGUUAGGGUGCAGGGAGCUGGGUCAGGCGGCUGCCUGGGCACCCCGUUUCUAGAAAGCACCGACGCGCUCUGGAGGAACACGGACAGCCCCGCUCCCCCCUUAGCCAGGUGCGAGGCUCGGGAGCCACCGAGGCCAAAGUGAGAGUCCGGCGAUUUUGCAGCGCCUGGGCCACGGCGGCGGCCCUGGGAGCAGAGGUGGAGCAACCCCAUUACAUUAAAGAUGAAAGGCUGGGGUUGGCUGGCCCUGCUUCUUGGGGCCCUGCUGGGAACUGCCUGGGCUCGGAGGAGCCAGGAUCUACACUGUGGAGCUUGCAGGGCUCUGGUGGAUGAACUCGAGUGGGAGAUCGCCCAGGUGGACCCCAAGAAGACCAUUCAGAUGGGAUCUUUCCGGAUCAAUCCAGACGGCAGCCAGUCGGUGGUGGAGGUGCCUUACGCCCGCUCCGAGGCCCACCUCACAGAGCUGCUCGAGGAAGUAUGUGACCGCAUGAAGGAGUAUGGGGAACAGAUCGACCCGUCCACCCACCGCAAGAACUACGUGCGCGUGGUGGGCCGCAACGGAGAAUCCAGCGAACUGGAUCUGCAGGGCAUCCGCAUUGACUCGGAUAUCAGCGGCACCCUCAAGUUUGCGUGUGAGAGCAUCGUGGAAGAAUAUGAGGAUGAACUCAUUGAAUUCUUUUCCCGAGAGGCUGACAAUGUUAAAGACAAACUUUGUAGUAAGCGAACAGAUCUGUGUGACCAUGCCCUGCAUAUAUCUCACGAUGAGCUAUGAACCAUUGGAGCAGCCCAGACUGACUUGAUGGAUCACCCCCAGGAGGGGAAGACGGUGGCAUUGCCUUUUAUAUUAUGUUUUUACCGAGAUGAACUGAAAAAAAAUAUGAAACCAAAAGUGCAAAUGUGUUGUCUUUGCAUGC